AUGUCAAUUGAACAAUCAAAAGAGACGAGAAUUUUGGUUGAUUCAAUAGCAUACAUAACACUUUGUACGUUUAGUAAUAGUAUUAUCGAGCAUAUUAUUUUGUACAACUCUGCAAGUCUGAGUCCACAAAGUGGCGCGCGCGAUAUUCAACAGGCACAUCACACAGAUGUUGCACAAUUGAACCAGAAAGUCAUCAUAACACGUAAAUGGCCUGUACUUCAACUAGAACACUGUACCACUUUAGACAACACUCACAACCAAUGGGCAUUUGAUGAACAACGAAAACCCUCGGUUGAAUACAAACCACUGCCCUUUCUUUUGAUUACUGUUAUUGUUAUCUGUUUCUAG